CUGUCCUCGCCAGCGCAAGAAAAGUUGGCCCUGGUUGGGGAUGGAAAAGAGAGGAGCGGGGAAUAUGUCAUUGCGGAGAUUGGAGGGUUUCAUCGUUGGAUGGAAAGGGGCAGAUUCUAUGAUGUGAACCGCAUACACCAGAAGGAGGGUGGGCAGCUGAUUCUUCUGCGCGUUCUGCUGCUGCAGCAAAAAGACGGGCCUACGAUCGUUGGUCGCCCCUUUUUAGAGAACAUCAGGGUAUGGGCUACAGUGCUGCGACACUUUAGGGGGCCGAAGAUACACGGCGGGAAACACCGCCCCAAAAAGUGGCGCAAGAAAUGGGGACAUCGCCAAUCGCUUAGCCGCAUACGAGUUGACAGGAUUGAGAAUGUGCAAGAAACAAUGAACAUCAAAUUCUACCAUCAAGAUCCGCUCUAUUCUGCGCUCAUGGCAAUACGCCACUAUGAGAAGCCAAGUUUACACUUGCCACUUUACAAGUCUCAGGGGUUGUCUAGCGCUAACCGCGCGGAGCUUCCACUCAUAGGGCAGGACCCCUUGGCUCUGUUUGACCCCAAUUUGAACCAACUCGUUGCGGACCGAUUGGCGGUGGGGCAUACAGAGAUCCUCCCGAUUCUGGGGGAGGGGCAACAGCAAGCUGCCACUUGA